AGGCCACCAGGCUCGGGAAAGAGGACCCUCAUGGCUCCCCUGGCCCUCCUGGCGCUCCUGGCCCUUUGGAAGGGGGCGGGGGCUCAAGAGUCACAGUGCGGAUAUUUGCCGGAGAAUGACGACCUGAACGGCUCCUCGGUGGGGGUCUCCUGGGGCACGGGGGUCCCCGUUGACCCCACAGACAAGUGGCCAGGACUGGUCAGCCUCCAGAGCGGCUCCGUGCUUUUCUGCAGAGGAUCCAUCGUCCACUCCUGGUGGGUGCUUUCGGCCGCCCACUGCUUCGCCAAUGAAACGGAGAAGCACACUGUGGUGGCUUCCAGGGGCAGCCUCUUGGGGCACCACAACGAGACACGCUCCGUGCACACGGUGCACCUGCACCCGCUCUAUGACCCCAAGACCCGCGACAACGACAUUGCGCUGCUGCUGCUAGAUGACCCCGUCCCCUUUGAGCAGGCCCUCUGCCUCCCCAACCAGACCACCGUCCUCAAUGACCUGAUGUGGGAGGACUGCUUCGUGGCCGGGUGGGGGCUGACCAUGCCAGAGGUGGAGUCGGGCUCCGUGGACCUGCUGGACGUGGAGGUGGAAAUGGUGGACUGGACGCAGUGCCAGCGCUGGCGGAACCCCCUGAGCAGGAACAUGCUCUGCGCCAAGGUCGAGGAGGGAGGCCAAGACGCCUGCCAGGGGGACAGCGGGGGUCCCCUGAUGUGCCGGCCCCCCACCCACGGCCAGCAGUGGUUCCUGGUGGGCAUCGCCAGCUGGGGCCACAGCUGCACGGAAGAGAAGACCCCCAGCGUCUACACGCGUGUCUCCGGCUACCGCCCAUGGAUGGAGCAGACGGCCGCCAGCAACGGGCACCCCUUGCACGAGGCCCAAAGACCCCCCACCACUGCCCCCACCCAUGAGGCCAAUGGGGUCGCCGUGGGGGGAAAUGCAGGCAGCGGGGCCAGACAUGGCCUGUCCCUUUGGGCCCUUUGGGUGGGGGUCUUGGCCGCGACCUUGACCCCAGGACAGUGGGCCUUGGGCUGGAGGGCAAGCAAAGCUCUUUAACACUGACCAUAUUGUGUCAUGGCUGUUCUACAAAGGAAAGCAUGGACAUAGUGGUUGGCGGUGGUGUUGCGGAAAUUGCAUAGAGGUCAAAUAAAUAUUCUUGGGUUGUUACGGCUGCAUUGUUAGCGGAGUCUCCUUGGAAAGAUAAAAAGCAGGGUAUAAAUAAAUAAAAUAAUAAUCUAUCUAUACACAUAAUAAAAGUGAAAAUAUGAAUGUGUGUGUGUGGCCGGGGUGUCCACUUCCACCUCCACAAACAGCGCUAGCUCCCACCACCCAGGUGUUGUGACUCAGCCACAGCAUAGCCAGAGUGAGGAUGAAGAAGGGGAUUCUGGGUUUCAGAUACAAAAGCCAGAUGAGUCAGAUGGGAUGCAGGAUGAAUUUCAGGAUGAUGGCAUGGGAAUGAGAAUACAGGCUGAUUCAGAGGCUCGAGAAAUGCAGUUUGAGCAGAAUGAACUGCUGACCCCACAGGCCAUAGAUAACAGCCAGAAUGACAUUUCCAUGGGAAUUAAUGAGCAAGAGAUGUCUCAAGCCCCGGUGUCUUCAGCCCCGGUUCAGGUGUGAGAUAACGAGGACCUUGAAUUAUCUAGGGCGGACCGGUUGUUAUGGAAGGGAGUUCAGCCUCGUAGGAGUGUGAGAUUGGCAGGGAAGAGAGAGGCCUCCGCAGGAAAGAGGAAUGCAUUUUUGGGUUGCUUUUAAAAAUGUGUGUUUUGAGAUAGAUUUUUGUCAAAGCAAAUCCUCGCUUCAUCUGUGUGGAUGUUCUUGCUUCAUGCUUAAGAAAAGAUUAUUGUUCCUGGAUCUUUGAAACCUUUGGGCCUUUGUUCUUUGGGAUCUAUCGUAUACUGUUUUGGCUUAUGGACUUGUGGAUUCUUAUGGCUUAUGAACUGUUGGAUUUCUAUUGACUCUUUUACUGCAAUCUUGAAAACCUUAUUACUGCCUGCUUUGAUUUAUAUCUGCUUUUGCUCAAUAAAACUACAAAAGACUU